AACAAUUUUUGUAUAAUAUAACGGAGACUUAAAUUAAAAUGGCGUAUACAACACGUUCAAAUUUUAAACAUAAUCACUAUUUUGCUUGUUGUAAGACAGCUUUCGAGGAAGGUAGAGGCUAUCGUUCGAAAUCUGCCAAUCCGCCAUCAUCAUUGUUGUCAUUGUAUUCAGCUCCAAUAUCAGGGAUUAAAACACGACAUGUUCCACCAUUUUCAAUACAAUCACAACAAAAGAAUACAGUAGUAGCAAGUGGGCCUUUAGAUUAUUCUUCCGAAACUGCAAGUGAGCGAGGAAAAACGAAAAGUAAGUUAUGGAUUGUAAUAUUUAAAAAACAAUAAUCAACAAUUAAAUACUGUUUAUUUAAUUAUUGUUCAAAAAACUUUCAUCACAGCAACUCCUUUCGCAUGUAUUUCGAUCGCGGAGAUCUGCCAAUCAAAAUGGAAUACUUGUGUGGUGGUGACAAAAUUGGCUGGACCGUGGAUAUAGAAAAAUUGGAUUAUAGUUUAUAUCUUCCUUUGUUUUUUGAUGGUCUUUGUGAAAUUGAACAUCCAUACAAAACAUAUGCCAGGCAAGGUGUUUCAGAUCUUUUAUUAGCAGGAGGCGAAAAAGUACAUGCUGUCAUACCACAGUUAAUAUUGCCAUUAAAGAAUGCCUUAAGUACAAAAAAUUUGGAAGUGAUGUGUACAACAUUGAAAAUUAUACAACAGUUGGUGUUGUCAUCGGAUCUGGUGGGACCAGCAUUAGUACCGUUUUAUCGACAGUUAUUGCCAAUGUUUAAUGCUUAUAAAGUCAAGAAUUUGAACUGUGGAGAUGAAAUUGAUUACACUCAAAAGAAAAACAUGAAUUUGGGGGAUUUAAUUGAUGAAACACUUCAAAUUUUAGAAAUACAUGGUGGCGAAGAUGCUUUUAUUAAUAUCAAGUACAUGGUUCCUACGUACGAAUCUUGCUAUUUAAACUAA